UUCGUUGUGUUUCUAUACCAUUUACAUACGUAGAUACAGAUUUAUUCCUACCUUUUCUUCUUUAAUUAAUGUUUUCCUAAAAAUUGUUCCUAAAAUACAUGAAAAUUAAUCAAGAGGGCAAGGAGAUGACAGGGAAAAAGGAAAAAUCAAUUGAGAAAAGGGAAAAGAGACUCCAAGAGAUUUCCCUUCUCAGAACCAUUCCUUAUUCUGAUCAUCAAAGGUGGUGGUCAGCGGAAACAAUUGCAAUAGUAACCGGUGCAAAUAGAGGAAUAGGGUUUGAGUUUGCAAGACAACUUGCGGGCCAUGGAUUGACAGUAAUACUAACAUCAAGAGACACCAGUGUGGGCAUCGAAGCAGCCAAGGUCUUGCAAGAAGGUGGUUUCAAUGUGGAUGUCCAUCAGCUCGACAUCUUGGACGAUGAAUCUGUUUCUGAAUUCACAAAGUGGAUAAAAGAAAAAUAUGGUGGCGUUGAUAUUCUGAUAAAUAACGCUGGUGUUAACUACAAUCUUGGGUCUGGAAAUUCAAUGGAGUUUUCGAAGCAGAUGAUCGAGACCAAUUAUUAUGGCACCAAAAAUAUGGUUAAAGCAAUGAUUCCAUUGAUGAGACCUUCGGCUGCUGGUGCUCGUAUUGUUAACGUUAGCUCACGGUUAGGUAAACUGAAUGGCCGCCGCAGUAGGAUUGAAGAUGAAGCUUUGAGGGAAAAGCUCAGCAAAUUAGAGACCCUAUCUGAGGAACUAAUUGACAACAUGGUGUCCACAUUUCUUAUACAAGUUGAAGAUAAUACAUGGCAAUCGGGUGGAUGGCCUCAGAAAUUUACAGACUAUGCCGUAUCUAAGCUUGCUGUUAACCUUUACAGUGUGCUCAUGGCGAACCAACUGGCGGAACGAGCUGAAGGCCAAAAGAUAUAUAUAAACUGUUAUUGUCCCGGAUGGGUGAGAACUGCCAUGACUGGUUGGUCUGGCAAUGUUUCGGCUGAGCAUGCGGCGGACACCGGUGUCUGGCUUGCUUUGCUUCCCAACAAGGAGGUUACCGGGAAACUGUUUGCUGAGAGACGGGAAUUAAAAUUGUGAGACAAUGAAAAGGUUACAUUAUUGGUAGGGUUUAGAAAACUCCUU